AUGCUUUCCCCGGGCCUGUCUGUUCGUUUCCCCAAGCGAGCCUUCCCCGCAUUCCGUGCCCAGCGACAAUUCAGCUCCGCACGCCCGACAUGCAAGGAGAUUCAGGAAGCGUACAUCCUGAGUGCAUCUCGGACACCAACAGCAAAGUUCAAUGGUUCAUUUGCCACCGUAUCGGCACCUGAGCUUGGUGCUGUUGCCAUUAAAUCAGCUCUCGAGAAAUCCAAGGUACCUGUCGAGAAGAUUACAGAUGUUUACAUGGGAAAUGUUCUGCAGGGGUCAGUGGGCCAGGCCCCUGCCCGUCAGGCAUCUAUCUUUGCCGGUCUCCCGUCCACCGUCGAAUCCACAACGAUCAACAAAGUCUGCGCUUCUGGCUUGAAAGCAGUGGCACUGGCCGCACAAAACAUUCAGUUGGGCUUGGCAGAAGCACAAGUGGCGGGUGGCAUGGAGAACAUGACUCGUGUUCCCUAUUAUAUGCCACGCUCCAGCCAAUUGCCUCCUUUUGGCGAGAUCAAGUUGGAGGACGGUCUCAUCAAGGAUGGUCUGUGGGACGUCUACAAUAAGUUCCACAUGGGCAUCUGCGCUGAACACACUGCUAAGAACUAUGACAUUUCACGAGAAGACCAGGACGCAUAUGCCAUUCAGUCAUAUGAGCGGGCCCAGCAGGCAUGGAAGGAGAACAAGUUUGCCGAGGAAAUUGCCCCGGUUACUGUGAAGGGCAAGAAGGGGGACACCAUUAUCGAACGCGACGAGGGCUUUGAAAACCUCCGUGCGGAUAAACUGAAGACUUUGAAACCCGCCUUUUUGCGAGAUGGAACGGGUACUGUGACCGCUGGCAACGCUUCUACAAUGAACGACGGAGCAUCGGCACUGAUCUUGGUCAAUAAGGAACUUGCUCGCGAAUUUGGUGCUAGCAGCCGUGUUCUGGCCCGUAUUGUUUCCUCGUCCGAUGCUGCCAUCGACCCUGUGGACUUCCCCGUCGCUCCUGCCAAAGCAGUCCCGAUUGCUCUGGAGCGUGCCGGUAUUACGAAAGACCAAGUGGCUGUCUGGGAGUUCAAUGAGGCCUUCGCUGCUGUCAUCAAGGCCAACGAAAAGAUCCUCGGGUUGCAAAACGCCAAGGUCAACAUGCUCGGAGGCGCCAUCUCACUUGGCCACGCUCUCGGUAGUUCAGGCUCGCGAAUCCUUGUGACCCUGCUCCACCAAUUGCAGCCCGGCGAGUAUGGAGUGGCCGCAAUUUGCAAUGGCGGCGGCGCUGCGACUGCCAUGGUUGUGCAGAGAUUGGACCGGGUGGAUUGA